AUGUCCCUCCCAGCCCCGGACCCCACAGCCCUCCCACCCACCUCCACCACCCUCCAUCCCCCCUUGCCAGAGGGCACAAUCGACACGCACUUCCACAUCUUUCCCGACGCGCCGCUCGCCCCGCUCGAAAGGCGGCCCUUCACGCCGGCGCCGUUCCCCAACUCCACCGCCACACAGUUCCACGCGUCACUCGGCGUGUCGCGCAGCGUGCUCGUGCACUCGAUGGCCUUCGGGCCUGACCUGGCGACGUUGCGCGAGUACAUCGGUGCCAACCCCGACGUUGUCGGCGUCGGCGCGUUGACGCCCUCCGACGGCGUGGAGGAGAUCAAGCGCCUCGACGCGGCUGGCGUGCGCGGUGUGCGGGCUGUCUUCGGCGGAGACGUCGACACGCGCGCGCGCGCGCUGGGUAUUAGGGAACUCGCGAGGCGCCUGGACGACGCCGGCGUGGCAUGGAGCGUGUUGGUCCAGGAGUGGGACUCGACCAUCUUCGACGAGUUACUUGCUAUCGCCGACACGCUGCCACCGUCCCAGGCGCUCGUGGUCGACCACCUCGGAUACCUCCAGGGCCCUUGGAGCAGCUACCCCUCCAGCCCUAGCCCGACGAUCACCCUGUCGGUGCCCCAUCUCGCGCCGCUGCCGGCCGACACUCCGGGACUGCAGGCCCUGUUGGCGCUACUGAAGAGCUACAACGUCUACGUCAAGCUUAGUGCGCCGUACCGCGUCACGACCAAGCCCGAGACGCUGGAACACUUGGUCAAGGCGUACGCCGCGACGCCCGACAAGCUCGUCUGGGGUACCGACUGGCCGUACGUCCCCCUCGCGCACGACAUUGCGCGCUGGAAGGCCGAGGGCAAGGGCGAGGUGCCGACCGGCUUCAGGAACGAGGACCUCGCGCAGUGGGUUGGGCUGCUCCGCGAGUGGCUCGACGACGACACCUUUACCAAAGCGUUUGCGACCAACGCCCAAAAGCUGUAUGGAUAAUGCCAUGCAUUUAUGCAGUGUUCCAA